GGCAGCCUUUGCAAACCAGGAUUUCCUCUGCGGGGGAAGGACGGAAGGAAGGAGAGCGGUAGACCAGCAGGGAUCCGUCCUGCGGCCCCAGAAAUGGUCCCGUGAAAGAAGAGGCCCCUGGAGACCCCCCAGAGUCCCUGGAGACCUUUGGAGGUGCUCUGCCACAGAGAGGAAGGAUGGAGACACCCCCUUUGGCCAAGGAGGGGAGCAGAAAAGGCACUGUGGCUCUUCAGGCUGGGAGCUGUGAGGAGAGCUGGACCAGAACUGGGCAGAAGGUCCUACAGGAGGGAACCAUCCUCCCUUCUGAAGUUCCGCCCUGGACCUCCAUCCAAUACCGGGAGGCUGAGGGUCCCCGAGGACUUUGCAGCCGACUCCAUGACUUGUGCAGGCGAUGGCUGAGACCAGAAAAGCACAGCAAAGCCCAGAUGCUGGACCUGGUGGUUCUGGAGCGGCUCUUGACUCUCCUGCCCCCAGAGAUGGAGGACUGGGUGCGGGAGUGUGGAGCAGAGAGCAGCUCCCAGGCGGUGGCCCUGGCGGAAGGCUUCCUCCUGAGCCAGGCGGAGGAGCAGAAGGAGCAGCUCCAGUGGCAGGUGGGAGACUUUAGGGAGCUCGGAAGGGAAUAAAUAGAGAAAGUGCUUGAAUGCUUCACCCCUCCUUCCCAAACUUCUCCCAUGUUCAUAAUACGUGGCAAUUCUCCAGUUCUGGUAGGACAUUGUUCCAUUCUUUUCUCACACAGCCACAUGGAUGGAUAUUGGGGGCUUUGAGGUUGUUUUCUGAAUAUAAGAAUCCACU